UGUUCAUGUGUCCGUGUGCGGGAGCGCGCAGCGGGUUCAUGUGUUCAUUUGAAUCACAUUAUCAGACUGUUCAUGUGUUUUUGAUGGGACUCAUGUGUCAUCUGAUGCUGCUGCUCGUCGCUUCAGGUUGUGUGUGUGUUGUUGGUAUACGUGUGUACACGUCAGGUGAUGUUGAAGCAGUGAACGGUACAGACGUGCGUCUCAAAUGCACCUUUCAGAGUUCAGCAACGGUCAGAUUGUCAACUAUCACCGUGUCCUGGAGCUUCAGACCUCUCAGACCCGGACACGAAGAGACGGUGUUUUAUUAUCAUGAAAAGGCGUUUUAUCCGCUGGAGGGGCGUUUCUGGAAGAAGGUCAGAUGGGCCGGCGAUGUCCGAGGCCGCGAUGCAUCUAUAGUGCUGCUGAAAGUGCCGUUCAGUUAUAACGGAACGUUCAGCUGUCAGGUGAGGAACCCACCAGACGUCCACGGAAACGUUGGUGAGGUGCAUCUACGAGUCGUCACCACAGGUUCUUUCUCCGAGAUUGUAAUUCUCUCUGUUGCCAUCGGAGGCGCCGUUCUGUUGAUUCUUCUCAUUGUCAUCAUCAUCGUGUCUGUGCGACACUGUCUCAAACAGAAGAAUCCUCAACAAAACCGCAUUAUAUUCCGACAAGAGCAAAAGGACCUGAUGAUGUGGUGAUGCAGACAGAGAGAGAACGGUGUAGAAUUAGUUUCUGUCAGGGAUGUAAUUAAAUAUUCAAGACCGAAAGAACCAAAUAGCUUAUUUUCUGGAGUUCACGUGCCUUCAUCUGUAACACAAACACAUUAGCAGGGGUGCUUAGCAAGCAUUAUUAUUAUUAUUAUUGUUCUGAAAUGUAGACGUUCGGCUUGUGAAGGGUGACAUUCUUUUUGUCUAGUCUGAUUCAAAUAUUUUAGAUUAUUUCUCCGCCUGCAUGCCAAACCUUGGUUUCUUUUCACUGUCCAUUAAUUCUCUUCACCUGAAAGAAACAUACACUGCUAUUGUAUACUGAUCGAAUCAAAUCUCUGAUUGUAACUGUGAUGAUGAUGAUGAUGACAUCUGAAAGAGGAAGAGUUUAAUCUGAAUGAAGCUGCACAGUAACUGUUGUCGCCCCCUGUGUGUGGAUGUAUGUACUGCACUCAUCACUCACUCAAAACACAAACACACAGCACUUAUAUUACAAUGUGUGACUUUAAAGGGAAAGUUCGCCCAAAAAUGAAAAUUCUCUCAUCAUUUAUUCACUGGAUGUAAACAAUUUCAGUGAAAAGGACUUAAAUAUUAAUCUGUUUCUCACCCAAAGUGAUCGUAUCACUUUAGAAGACAUUAAUUAAUCCACUGGAGCCGUAUGGAUUACUUUUAUGCUGCCUUUAUGUGCUUUUUUGAGCUUCAAAGUUCUGGUCACCAUUCACUUGCAUUGUAUUGUUUUAAUUUUUGGUUGAACUAUCCCUUGAAUGAAAAAUCACUGACUGAUGAUGUAGUGACCACAAACAUCACACACAUGAAGAUUUGACAUGACUGCAGGUUUAAUAAAAAUCUCUCCUCUAAAACACCUGUAAAUGUUAUUUAAGAGUGCACUGGGUUUGAUUGAUGUGUACAUUUGAUCAUGUUUCUAAAGAUACUAAAAUCUUUAAAUGUGUAUUACAUACAGUAUAUAGAUAUAUAUAUUAGGCCUAUAUUUGUUUAAAAGUGAUUUAUCAAAUAUUUUCUUUUUAGCAUUAAAAUAAAUGUGGAAAAAUGGUGAUCAAUGUUUUUGCAUUUUUUAAUGUGAAAGAUGAUUGUCAGAAGCAAAAU